UCUAUUGUAUUGCCGCAGUUUCAUUUCACAUCCCUUCCUCUCCAUUUCCGCCCCCGUCCAUGACCUGAAUUCCGAAAUCCCCCGCCAUUCGCCCCCAAAUCCAGCUCGUCGUCAAUCGCCUCGGCUUCGUCUCGAGGCUCCGGUUCUUGGUUUCUUGGCCGAAACCCUGGUAGGGGAGGAUAAUGGACGGUGAGGCGAGCAAGGGAAAUGGAAAGGUGCAUUUCAGGGAUUCGUCCUCCCAGGAGGCUCUACGCACCUACAAGAGGCGCCGGCAACCGCAGUCACAGCCGGAGCCGGAGCCAGAGCCAGAGCCACAAUCACAACCGGAGCUCGAGCACAAGGCCGGAGAUGUGCCGGCGCAGCAGAGUAAAGAUACCUUUUGGAAAAGUAGGGAUAUGGGAUGGAAGUAUGGCAUAAUGAUUGAUGAAAAUAGGCAACAUUGGAAGUGUAUGUAUUGCGGCCUGACUAGGUAUGGUGGUGGUGUAUCUAGACUCAAGCGGCAUCUAGCUGGUGAUUUGGAUGUCAAAAUGUGUCCUAAAGUUCCAGUAGACGUCGCUGAGGAAAUAAGGCAGCAUUUGCGGAAGAAACGAGAGAGACGGAGGAAGCGAGCUGGACAAAAUGGUGGCAAUAAUGUAAAGACUAAGAGCUCUUCUGAUGGUGCCAACUUCGAGAAGGAUCUUCUACCUGCCGAUUCAGUAGGGCCAGCUGGAAUGGGCACUUCUGUUCUUGAAGAAGUCACUAACCAAACGAGUAUGGCUCAUCAGGAUCCUACUUCUCCCAGGGUUCCCAUGUUACGAGCAAGAGAUAUUGGGUGGGAGCAUGCAGUGGAUCUUGAUGGAAAUAAAAGACGGUGGCAAUGCAAGUUCUGUUCUCUGUGUCGAAGUGGUGGUGUAACUACUUUGAAGGCUCAUCUCACUGAUGAGAGCUGCCCGAACGUUCCAAAGGAAAUUUCAAAGAAAGUAUCAAACUUCAUUGAAGAGAAAAGAACAAUGCGCCUUCUUUUUAGUACUUUUGACUUUAAAAUUGACGAGGAUCAAGUUUCUGACACACAAAUUCAAGGGGAAGGGACUGUACAAUGUGAGAAUGAGCAACAACCUUCAAGAAAUGCUACACAUACACAAACAUUAGAUAAGCAUGCUAUUAAUGAGGUGGCAGCUGGAAGCAACCAAUGCGGUGCAGAAAGUAGUGGCAGACCAGUUAAACAUUGUGAUCAGCCCGAAGAGCCUUGGGCAAUGGAUCACAGCAGAACACAUCAAGGAAUCAACAAUAAGCACCAGACUGUGGACAAGAACACCGAGAAUUCACAAAAUACCAAGAUAUUGAAACGUCAGAAAACUGGGUUUAACACAAGGAAGCACAUAAUUAUUGUUGAUGAAAUUGCAAGGCAUUGGAGGUGUAGGUAUUGUGGAAUGGAUGGGUAUGGUAAAAAAAUUAGGCUCCAUUACCAUCUAGCUGGUGCAUUUCGUCACCCUAAGUGCCCAAGUGUUCCUAUAGAAAUUUCUGCAAAGGCAAGACAACAUGUUCUGACAAAGAGAAGACUCAAAAUGAAUAAGGCUGGGCAACAUGUUCCUUCCAGGCCACAUAUUCUUGCCGGUGAACGACUGCAGAACGAUAGUCCAUCAUGUGUGAAUCAUCCUCAACUGUCAAUAAAUAAUGAAUCUAGUGAGGUACGCAAUUGCCCAACAAGGCUAAGGGAUGGUGCAUGGGAACAAUCUCUGAUAUAUGAGAAAGAAAAAGGACACUGGAAGUGCAAGUGGUGCAGUAUUGAGGGUUAUCAUGGCAUAACUCGAUUGAAGUGGCAUCUUGUUGGCUGGCAGAAUCGCCCUCAGUGUCCACAAGUUCCAAAAGAUGUUGCUGAAAAGAUAAGGGAUCAAAUGAUAUUGAAGGAGGAGCAGAAAGCAAGAUCAUUUGACGGUGAUGGCAGUUGUGGCGUGCUGUGCUCUUCUAAGAGUUCACAAUUUGAUCAAGAACAUUUCACUACAACAAUGCAUGGAAGUCGUUCUUCCCAGGCUUUUGAUCAAGCUAACAGUAAAUCAAAAGCAUGCAACACAUUAUCCAAUACUACUCUUCCUUCACAAGAGAUUGCCAAUCCUCAGGUGUGUCAUGAGCAACAGAGGAAGGAGGCUGCAACCCCCACAGAGCCUGGCUGGUGGCAAGGUCAGAGGAUGCAGUGGCAGUCGCAACAUAAGCCAAUGAAGGAAGAAGGGUCUCAUGGGAAUGAAUUAUGUAGUAACACAAACAAAUCUGAGAAGCAAAGAAGUGAUUGGAGAUAUGUUUUGAACACAUUGAUGCGUUUGCCAGAUGUACAAGAGGGUGCUGGCAUUUGGACAUGCAUUCGUGAUGCUCUUCUGUAUGGUCAUGCUGAAUUUGGCAUAGUAGCUGACAAAGAGGAAAUGGAUUAUGAUGGAACAGUAAAUGGGAACACUGCUAAGUGCCAGAAUGUCCUUAUGGACGUUUUAAGAUCAGAGAACUUUGCCUUGUUGUGCAAUGUGCUUUGCAGAACUGUACAUCAAGAUGAGGAAAGAACUAGAUAUUUUGAUUUUGGUGUGAUUGACUCAAGGAUGAAAAAUGGAAAUUAUGGGCAUGCGCCCGGAUUAUUCAUCCAUGAUCUGAAACUGUUAUGGGAAGAUCUUAAAACAGCUGGUCAAGAUAUCAUUGACCUAGCAAAUAGUCUAUCAAGCCUCACAGAAGAUUCCUACAGAAAACUGGUUGGAAAAGAGAGAGGAUCAGAUGAUGAUGAGUUUAAGGGAGCUGUGAUGACCAUCUCUGGACCCAAGAACUUGUCUGAAUCAAAUACGUCGGUACCCUCAAGCUCACAGGGCUUCAACCAGUUGGAUCAAUCAGAUCCAGUAGAUGUUUCUGAUCUACAAAAGGACAGUAGCUGCAACCAGUGUGGCAAAGAAGCAAGAGGCAGAAGUGUUCUUACAUGUAAUAGGUGCAUGCUAUCUUGCCACAUUUCAUGCACUGAGCUUCCUGUUCCACCCAUACCAACUGGAAGCUGGUACUGUGAAAACUGCAGCACUAAUGAACCAGUUGAAGGUGACAUGGCCUUAGCCCAUUACCAACCGAAUUGCUUGCAUGGAAAUUGUGCUGCCUGCAAUAGACUUGAGGUGUGCAGUCCUCCGAAAUGUGAAGAGACACCUAAUGAUAACUCAAGAGCAAUGGUUAUGGACUCCGUUGGGGAUCUGGAACUGCCAGAGAUUGAUACAGGUGGUUCAUGCAAGAUAUGUGGAGAUCCUGAAGAGAAUGACAAGAGGUUCUUGAUAUGUGGCCACAUCCACUGUCUAUAUAAGUACUACCACAUUCGGUGCCUGAAGUCCAAGCAGAUUGCUAGCAAUGUUCAGCGUGACAAAACGUGCUGGUACUGCCCAUCAUGCCUUUGCCGAGUCUGUCUCUCUGACAAAGAUGAUGAUCUGACCAUUCUGUGUGAUGGCUGUGAUGAGGCCUAUCAUGUGUAUUGCAUAACGCCUCGCCGUACUUCAAUACCCAAGGGACAGUGGUAUUGCUCAUCGUGUAGCGUGGAGAGAGCCAUGGAGGGGAUGAGACAGUAUGAGAGAAGGAUGCUAAAGCGCCACAGGAAGGAUGAUACUAGGCGGCAAAGUAGGAAUUACGAAGGCGUGGACUUGCUUCUAUCUGCCGCGGAACAGCUCAGCAGCUGGUGACUUGUAAAAAUUAGCCGGGGGCCUGGAUAUCAGCAUCUUCAUUGCACUAUAUCCUAGACUAGCUCUUUUUGCUCUGUAAGUGGAUUGCUACCUCUGCCAUCAGUUCUGACUUCAGGGAUUUGCUGUUUAAAGAGCCUUGCCUCUCUGACAGAGGAUCAGAAGGCUGCGACUAGGGUAGGCAAGAAGUUAGCUGCAGUCUUCUCAUCAAACUCGCUAUCCACAAUUUCUGAUCAAACAGACAAGAACCUUCGAACAGCAUGAAUUGUUUGAGCAGCAUUGUAGAUGAUGACAGUCCUUUAGGAAACUGGUCUUGUUCAUCCUUUUUUUUUUUCGCUUCACCUGACUGCAAGGGAUAUUCUUGUUUUGAAGGUUAACUUCAAGGAGGUUGUGUAGCUUGUAUCUUAUGUAUUUGCAUGUGCAAGUUUGCGGGAAAAUUUCCAAUUUGAGAGAGAAAAAACAUCUUUGACAA